GGAAUUAUUCGACUCUCACGGUACGCAGUGAAAGAUGUGAGAAUCAGAAAAUGAUUGAAAUAUUUAAUUUAAACAUAACAGUAUACGACUUGUUCAACAAUAAAUCUCAUUCAUUUCAUCUCACCAUUUUAGAUUUAGAUCAACCUAACACUUUUCUCUCUCUAGAAAUGGGGAGUAGUUACAAUUAUUACAGAAUGUUUGGGUGUUUCAACCGUAAAUUUAAGAUCAGGGAGAGGGAGCCACCGCCGGAUGUGAGGAAUGCGUUUUUCCGGUACACCGGUAAAGCUAACCAGAUGAAUGCGGAUCAACUUUUUCGGUAUCUGGUGGAGGUACAAGGAGAAGAAGAAUGCACUAUUAAGGAUGCGGAGCAAAUUAUACAGAAUGUUGCUAGCCGGAGGCACCAUCUCAUCAGACGCCUUAACCAUUCACUUGAACUCGAUGAUUUCUUUUUUUAUCUUUUUCAGGAUGAUCUCAAUGGAGCAAUCAAAUCUCAGGUGCACCAUGACAUGACUGCUCCAUUGCAACAUUAUUUCAUCUAUACAGGUCACAAUUCCUACCUAACUGGAAAUCAACUCAGCAGCGAUUGUAGUGAAAUUCCUAUAGUUAAGGCUCUAGAAAGAGGUGUCCGCGGAAUAGAACUUGAUUUAUGGCCAAACUCAGGGAAAGAUAAUAUUCAUGUUCUUCAUGGAAGGACCCUGACUACACCAGUGCCACUUCUUAAAUGCUUGAAGGCCAUUAGAGACCACGCUUUUGUUAAAUCGCCUUAUCCUGUCAUAAUCACAUUGGAAGACCACCUGACACCAGAUCUUCAAGCUAAAGUUGCAGAGAUGGUUAUCCAAAUCUUUGGAGAAAUGUUAUAUUAUCCUCAAUCGGAAUGCUUAGAUGAAUUUCCUUCACCUGAAGAGCUUAAGAAUCGCAUUAUUCUUUCUACAAAACCACCCAAAGAGUACCUUGAGUCAAAGAAUCAGAGAGAUACAUCUCCAGUAGGAAAAGAUUCAUUUAGAGAGGACCUUUUGAAGAAGGAGAAAUCAGAAAUUGGUGCCGAGGAUCAUGACACUGAUGAAAGGAGUGACAGUGAUCAAGAGGAUGAAGACGGUGAUACCUCCACCUCCAACGAUCAGCAAUCAUCCCAACCAGAAGCACCUAAGUACAAGAGUCUGAUAGCAGUUCACGCUGGGAAGGCAAAACAUGGUUUGAAACGUGCACUAAGAGAGGAAAGUAAUAAAGUCAGUCGACUUAGUUUGAGUGAACAAGAAGUUGUAAGAGCUGCAGAAUAUUAUGGAACUGAUUUGGUUAGGUUCACACAGAAAAAUAUUCUAAGGGUGUACCCCAAGGGAACAAGAGUGACCUCCUCAAAUUUCAAGCCUAUGACUGGCUGGAUGCAUGGAGCUCAGAUGGUAGCAUUCAACAUGCAGGGAUAUGGGAAGUCACUUUGGAUGAUGCACGGGAUGUUUAGGUCUAAUGGAAGCUGUGGCUAUGUGAAAAAACCUCAAUUUCUCAUGGAUAAAGGCCCAAACAAUGAGGUAUUUGAUCCUAAAGUAAAAUUGUCAGUGAAGAAAACUUUACAGAAAAUUCUGCAGGUUAGAGUAUAUAUGGGAGAUGGGUGGCGCUUGGAUUUCAGCCAUACACAUUUUGAUGCCUAUUCACCACCAGACUUCUACACAAAGCUAUAUUUAGUUGGAGUUCCUGCAGAUAGUCGUAAGAAAAAGACAAGGAUAUUGGAGGAUGACUGGUGUCCCGUAUGGGAUGAAGAGUUUAAUUUUCCAUUGACAGUACCAGAGCUGGCUUUGCUUCGAAUUGAAGUACGAGAAUAUGACAUGUCGGAGAAGGAUGAUUUUGGUGGACAAACAUGUUUGCCUGUCUCAGAGUUAAGAACAGGGAUCCGAUCAGUCCCUCUGUAUGAUAAGAAGGGUCAUAAGAUGAAAUCUGUUAGACUUCUCAUGCGAUUUCAAUUUCUUUGAACUCCAAAGUUACUUUCCUAUUAGGAUUUUUCUCUUAUUAUACACAUGCUUCAAUUUGUAUAAAUAUUCAUGUACCAAAAUGACGGAUUUAAUCGAGAUAAUCUCAAAUGGUCAUUCAAUCUUUUUAUAGAGUCACUAAA